CGAAAGUAAAAGUAAACGCACUCGGUUACAUCUAAGUGUAGUUUCCUUUACUUGGAGUUAUUUAAAUUUAUGUGAAAUUUUAUAAUAAUUUACGAAGUAAUAAAUAAAUAGGAGCCAGGAACUCUAGAUUCUGGUAUGAGUGUACCUACUCCCCUGCCUAGAUCCGACCCUACGAGAAAAAAUCAGCUGGGUCAUGAAGUAUCAACAAAAAUUAGUCAACUGACAAAACUAUACACACCCACACUCUAUUCAGCUCACCAGAAAGAAGAUAAUGAUGACUCAAAAUCCGUAAAAUUAUCUAGAACAGUCAAUUUGGAGAACAAAAUUCCUCAAAUAUUUACAAAUGAUCUAAAUGCAAAUCAAAAAUUCAAUAAAUUUAAAUCUCACCAGAGCAAUCCAGUAAAUAUUGUCAACAGUAAAUUUGAUAAUUUGAACGGAAACAAAAAUAACAUCCUAGCCGAAACAGAAAAUUCUAAUGACAAAAUUAAUAUCAACUGUGAUCUAAACAAACAAGACGAAAUAAAGAAAAAAGGUGUGCAUAGUUUAAAUACUAUCGUAAAUAUUGAAGAAAUGUCAACAGCCAAAACAGUUAAGGAGUAUGUUGGAACAGCCAGGAAAGCUUUUAAAACAGGACGAACUAAGACUUUAGAAUUUAGGAAAAAUCAACUAAAAGGUUUACUAAAAUUUCUUGAGAACCACACAAAAGAAAUUGAAGAUGCCCUUUAUAAAGAUCUUAGAAAGCAUAAACAAGAAACGAAUAUAUCAGAAAUCGAAAUGGUAGCUAACGAUUUAAGAUAUACCUUGAUGGAAUUAAAAAAUUGGGUCCAGCCUGAUAAACCAAACAAAAGACUUGUUAAUAUAUUAGAUGAAGUCUACAUAUAUAAGGAUCCUUACGGAGUUGUCUUAAUCAUAGGUGCAUGGAACUAUCCUAUAUUACUUACGUUGGGUCCUUUAGUAGGUGCUCUUGCAGGUGGAAAUACAGUCAUCCUAAAACCAUCAGAAUUAGUACCAGAAACGAAUAAAAUCAUGUAUGAAAUACUUCCGACAUAUUUAGAUAGGGAAUGUUUUCAAAUAUAUCUUGGCGGAGUUUUUGAAACCACCGAACUGUUAAAAGAAAAAUUUGAUUAUAUAUUCUUUACUGGAUCAUCUAAAGUAGGACAAAUAGUAUAUGAAACCGCUGCCAAAACACUGACACCCUGUACUUUAGAGCUUGGAGGAAAAUGUCCACUUUAUCUUGACGACUCUGUAGAUAUGUAUAUAGCAGCAAGAAGAAUAUUAUGGGGUAGAAUGUUAAACAGUGGCCAAACUUGCGUGGCUCCAGAUUAUCUAUUGUGCUCCAAACAAGUAGAAGAGAAAUUUUUACAAGAAGCCAAAAAAGUAAUCAAGACCUUUUGGGGCUCCAACCCCUGUAAAUCUGAAAGUUUAAGUAGAAUUGUUAGUGAAAAACAUUUUAAAAGAUUAUCGGAUUUUAUAAGUCUAGGAAAAAUAGCACUUGGAGGUCAAAUGGAUCCUAAAGAACUACUUAUUGCACCAACUAUACUAACCGAUAUUAGUCCACACAGUUUGGUAAUGGAAGAAGAAAUAUUUGGUCCAAUUUUACCAAUUAUUAACGUGAAGGAUGCAGGCGAAGCCAUAGAUUUUAUUAACUCUAGAGAGAAGCCUUUAGCGCUCUAUGUGUUUUCCAAAAACAAGAAGACUCAAGAUACGUUUUUAAAUAAAACUUCUAGUGGAGGAAUCUCUAUCAAUGACACAAUUUCCCAUAUUGGAACUGAAAAUUUGCCGUUUGGAGGAGUAGGCUUGAGUGGUAUUGGAUCAUAUCAUGGGAAAUUCGGAUUCGACACUUUCACUCAUAGGAAAGGUGUUCUGGUCAAGAAUUUCUCCCGUUUAACUGAACUGACUUUGAGUAUCAGAUAUCCUCCAUACUCAGAUAAGAAAACUAAUCUAAUUAAUAUAUUAUUGAAGAAAAGAACACAACUUGUGUCCAGCAAAUAUCUAAUGAGAUGUUUUAUUUUUUUUCUCGGAGUAGGAUUUUCGUUUUUGUUACAAUAUUUUUUAAAUCUUGUGUAAAAUAUGAAUAAAUGUUAUUGCUAAUUAAAUUUCGUAAGAUAUUACUAAGUUAAAAGUGAUGUAAAUUAAAUUUAUUUAAUAUUUGCUAUUAUACGAUGUAAAUAUAAAAGAAAACAUUUACAAAAGUAUAACUGUAUAACUAAUAUAAACUAUACAGGGUGUCCCAGAAAUAAGUGCAAAUAUUUUAAGAAGUGGUAGAUCUCGAUAAAAGAAACA